AUGUUUUCUUUUUCUUUCUUUUUUAAUGCAGUUUGGUUAUCUAUCUAUCUAUCUAAAAUAUUGGUUUGGUUAAUCUUUCUAUUUUUUAUAUCUAUCUAUCUAUCUAUCUAUCUAUCUAUCUAUCUAUCUAUCUCAAUUUUUGUUGCUGGUAAUAUCUAUCUAUCUAUCUAUCUAUCUAUCUAUCUAUCUAUCUAUCUCAGUAUAUAUAUUGUUUUGGUUUGCAAGAUGUUUGUUGCUGGUAAUAUUUUUAUCUAUCUAUCUAUCUAUCUAUCUAUCUAUCUAUCUAUCUAUCUAUCUAUCUCAUAUAUUGGUUUGGUUUUGUUUUGCUAUCUAUCUAUCUAUCUAUCUAUCUAUCUAUCUAUCUAUCUAUCUCAGUAUAUAUUGGUUUGGUUUGUUUUGUUUUAUGGAAUAUCAACCUCAAUGGGUUAUUUAAUGCCGGCACGAUUUUAUUUGCUGGUAAUAUUUUUAUCUAUCUAUCUAUCUAUCUAUCUAUCUAUCUAUCUAUCUAUCUAUCUAUCUAUCUCAAUAUAUAAGAAUUACAUCCGGAAGAGUCACGGAAUAGAAACGAAUAAUGUUAAAAAUUCUCUGGUCAAUUUUUGUUUCUUUUUCGAAACCAAACUCACACACGGGCAUAUACGAAAUCGCCAGUAUCGGGGCAAGCAGCGAAUAUGCAACAUGUGA